AUGCCAACGAGCUCGUCCACCCAGCUGCGUGCCCUGUCGCUGUGGGCGCAUGCGCCACAACCGCUGUUCCCCCUUGUUCGCGUUGUCAUUGGUCUGUUGGCCGGCCUUGAAGUUUCCUGGGCCUCCUCUCUGGCACCCAAGAUUCCCUUUCGCGGAGUUCCCUCUCUGGCUUCCUCGGACCCCAACGAUCCCACCAGUCCUGUGCAGGUUGCUCUCGGUGUCUUCCCUCUGGUGGGUCUUCCUGAAGUUUCCAGGGAGCGCGUGAACAAGGUGAGCUCAUGUUUAUCUUAG